GAGAGAUUUACUCUGCCUCCGGCCUCAGUCGUUUCACCAACCCCAGAGCAUAUUUGGCUUCCUCUCUUCCUUCUCCGUGGAAGAAAAUACGUGGAAAAGCAUACAUUUUGUGCUCCCCCAGUUCCGGCUCGUGUGGUACAGCCCAGUUGCUAUGGCGACAGCUUGUACACCAUCCGUAGGAGCCGAAGGGUAGAGGGGAAGAUGGCUACCUUAGCCAGGCUGCAGGGGAGGUUGCCUGGAUUCAAGGGGGAGUUUUUCCAGAGGAACAGACAUGUAGAUGAAUAUCGAAAAAUAGAAUAUUAUGCUGCUGUAAAGAUUCAGAGUUGGUUUCGGGGAUGCAAAGUCCGGGCAUACAUCAGGUAUCUGAAUAAAAUGAUGAUUUUUAUCCAGAAAUGGUGGCGGGGUUAUCAAGGAAGAAAACAGUUUCGAAAAAUGAUAGAGAUUCAAAAAAGAUGGCGAGGCUAUUACAUCCGAAAAUAUAUCCAUAAUUAUUAUGCCUUGAAGAAGUACCUGGAAGCUAUUUCUUUGAAUAAUGAGAUGGUCAGGAGAGGACUGGAAGAGUUUGCAGAGAUGAAGGAGAGAGAAGAGGAGAAACAAGCACUUGAAAGAGAAGAAAAGAAAAAGGAUUACCAAGCCCGAAAGAUGCAUUACCUCCUUAGCACUCAGCAGAUUGCAGGUAUAUAUAACUCACCAUACUUGAAAUCACCUGAUCCAAUGGAACUGCAGCUAAGGAAAGCUAAACCACUGAGCCAUAAAGCACAACCAAGAGAAAAGGAUGGUGUGGAAUUGGAUGCCUACCAGCUACCUUGUAUGGAUUCUUUCACUUCUCAACCAGUUCCACUGCUUCCACUUAUUGGAAGGCAAAAACCUCAGGGUCCCUUUCGCGACACUGUUGAGGUAUUACAGCAGCGCCUCAAGCCUUUUGAGCCAAGCAUGCGGGUGGCAGCAUCUAAUGCUUCACUUGAAGAAGCCAGAGAAAAGGUAAAACAAGAGGAAUGGAGAAACCGUGUACAUGAUGACGAAUUUUUACCAUUUGCAUCAUGCCACAAACCAUAUAAAUAUAUCCCAUCCAUGCAAAGAUCAAGUAAAUAUGGCAAAGAAAAUUAUGGACUGAAAUACUUCCGGGAACAACACAGAGAAAAAUGGAUAACAAACAAGGACUUUGUAACUGCAAUACCACCGAUACAUCUGUUUGCAAAGUUUGGCAAAACCUAUUCCAGAGCUGGAGAAAUAGUGUAAAAAAUUCUCUGCUAACCAGCUUUAUAACAUGUUUAAAGCUAGUAAUGUAUUCUUUUUAAAAAUGUAGAAGGAAAAGUAUUAUUCAUGAUUGCUGUGUUGCUGCUUUAUGAUUUUUACUGACAGCCGGGUUCAGUGUUCCGCAUAGUUUUAUAAUUCUGCAUGAAUCACUGAAACCUCCUGAAUUGCCUUGACCAUAAGCUGCAGCCAUUUUUUGUUAGGGAAAUCAGAAAACAUCCAUAGAAACAGGUCCCCAUCUUUCUAAAUACGUGACAUUUCUAUUCAUUGACGAUUCAACAUAGUUGUGGAAUAAACUCAACAUCUUGAAGAAUCAAGAGCAUUUCUUUACUUAGACAAUGUUAACUAUUUUUACUGUUGGUUCAGUGGAUAAAAGUAAAUCAAAAUAUUUGUUAAUGGUG